GUAUUGUCCUCUGUUUUGCAGGUGAACCAGGAAAAUGUGGUGAAGGUGGGCCACAAACAGGUGGUCAAUACGAUCCGACACGGGGGUAACCGGCUCAUCAUCAAAGUGGUGACAGUUAGCAGGAAUCUGGACCCUGAUGACACGGCCAGGAAGAAAGGUGAGCCUCUUAUCCUCUCUGUUUCUCACCUUGCUGCUCUGCCCUACACCGCCUGCCAGCGGGAUCAAUGUCUGAUUGGUUGGGGUGAAUCCACAGUGAGGGUCCCAGCUGGCCCUCCAAACCAGAGCUGGGUUCACAUACUAUUUGAAAUAAUUUCAAAUACUUCAUCUGUGCUUGAUUGAGCUUGCCUGGCUUAACGGACCAAUAGAUAGACCCAAAACUGCAAACCCCGUACUCCAGGCAGGCUAGAGCACACGUUCAAAGUAUUUUAAAUAUUUCAAAUAGUAUUUGAAUCCAUGUGUGGUCUAAACACUCUUGGCCCAUCCUUGUACUGGACUGUAGUGUAUCAGGAAGCUAGAAGCUGACCGCUAGAAGAACAUUGAUGACGUGCUUUUCAGCCUUGAAGUUGAGACGGUGGUUUUACAGUUGGUGCAUUCAAAAAUGUACCUGUACUGCAGCUCAGGUAAAAUUCAAAGUGGAUGUAACUACACUGUCAGGGGCAUAUUUGGGAAAUACAUUUUUAGAUGUUUUGUUAGAUGAUUGCUAAUGAACUUGGUGCUUGCUUGGCGUCACCCUGCGAGACAUUAACAAUGCAGCGUUGCUGCAGCACAGGCAUUUAAAAAAGUUAGCCUACUUUUUAACAUCCCUGUCUACCAGUGGAGGCUACUGAGGGGAGGACGGCUCAUAAUAAUGGCUGGAACGGAGCAAAUGGAAUGGCAUCAAACACAUAGAAACCAUGUGUUUGAUACCAUUCCACAAUUCCGCUCCAGCCAUUACCACGAGCCCGUCCUCCUCAAUUAAGGUGCCACCAAUCUCCUGUGCUGUCUACUAUAAUUCUCACACCUGGGGCCUGUACAGGAUGAUGUAACAUUACAGAACGCUCAGAUAGAAAUGUACAAUGUAGAACAGAAAUGAUUUUCUGUCAGAUAGUUUCUGAUAGAGCUGACUCUAUUCUAUCUGAAACGUUCAGGGUGUUUCACAUCCCUGAAUACACCCCUGCUUUUCUGUGUUGUGUUGUUGCAGUGGCCACACCUCCACGUAGAGCUCCUCCCACUGCCCUGUCCAGGGCCAUGCGUUCCAAAUCCAUGACCUCAGAGCUGGAGGACCUAGGUAAGAAUCAGCAAAGCAUCCUCCAUACACCUGUGUACCUGUGAGAAUAUAAUUCCAAGGGGUCAAAUGCCUUUUGUAUGCUCUUGGUUUGUUCUCUGUGUGUUUGUUUAGUGAUUUCAUUAUCUGGAAAACUUUUUUAAAAGUUACUGUGCACUCCUGAUUUGUUUUUCAAUACCUACCUCUGCAGUGGACAAAGGUAUGUAGCUACUGUUCGGUCACAGCUGCACGCAUCUCACUGUCUUCAUGUUUUUGAUUCUCUCAUUUUUAAAUGUUAAUUUCCGUCAUUUAGUAGAUGACUAUAUUUAUUCUGCUUUGAGGGGGCUUGGGCAAUUAUGUACUUUGUAAAAAGGUACAAAGGUAUUCUGCUCUGUAGGGUUUGAUCUGAAGAGAGCUGGAGAGAAAACAUUUUAACGACAGUGCUGAAUCAUCUAAAGUGAUAAAGAGAUCAUUAGCAUGACUGAUCAUUUUGAAGCGCUUUAGAACCAUCAUAACAAUUGCAUAAUUCCAUGCUGUGUCAUCAUAAAUCUACCUUAAUACGCUUUUUAAAUUAUUUUGAAUUUACUUAAUCAUUUAAUUUGUUGUUUGAUUGAUUUACCUCAGAGCUGUAUGCUGUAUGUAAAUGGAUUUGAUAUAACUCACCUUUUGAAAAGCUUUUACCUUAUUGCUGACUCAUCUGUGGCUUAUCACUGUUCUGCAGUAGAUGUCUUUUGAAGGGCCAGUCAUAGAAAUAUCAUGAUUGGACCGAUCAUUCUAUGUCUAUGGGAUUACUGGUCAUUCUACGUCUUUGUCUAUGGCGCAAGUGGCAUGUUUGGAAGCUUGUAUACAAUUGCUUAAUGAAAAUAUAACUAGGCCUAUAGUGGUCAGUAGUGGGUAUAAUAUAAUGCAGCUUUAAAUGACAAUAUUACACUAUCUUUGCAUAAUAGCCUGUGUUCAUGGUGAGAGAUUAUUUUGUUGAUUGCUUUUGAUCAUCAUCUGUUAUAUAAGUUCUUUAUAUUUUCUUAUUUGUAAGCCACUUUGAGGAAAAAGAUGGGUGGUAAGUGUGAUAGGCAUGCUUUAUACAGUACAUGUACAACAUACUUGAUGCGCCUUUGACUUUAUUUACUAGAUCCCUAUUUGUUUAUGAUUGUGUUCAAUUAGAAUUAAUGCUACAUACUUGAUGAUCCUUUCUCUCACUCACUAGAUCCUUAGCUAUACACUGAGUGUACAAAACAUUAAGAACACCUGCUCUUUCCAUGACAUAGACUGACCAGGUGAAUCCAGGUGAAAGCUAUGAUCCCUUAUUGAUGUCACUUGUUAAAUCCACUUCAAUCAGUAUAGAUGAAGGGGAGGAGACAGGUUAAAGAAUGAUGUUUAAGCCUUGAAACAAUUGAGACAUGGAUUGUGUAUGUGUGCCAUUCAGAGGAUGAAUGGUCAAGACAAAAGGUUCAAGUGCCUUUGAACGGGGUAUGGUAGUAGGUACCAGCCGUACUGAUUUGUGUCAAGAACUGCAACAGUACUGGGUUUUUCACGCUCAACAGUUUUGUGUGUGUAUCAAGAAUGGUCCACCACCGAAAGGACAUCCAGCCAAUUUGACACAAAUGUGGGAAGCAUUGGAGUCAACAUGGGCCAGCAUCCCUGUGGAAUGCUUUCGACAUCUUCUAGAAUCCAUGCCCUGACGAAUUGAGGCUGUUCUGAGGGCAAAAGGGGGUGCAACUCAAUAUUUGGAAGGUGUUCCUAAAGUUUGAUAUACUCAAUGUACUUUACACACGCAUUCUCACUAGACUUUAGAGGGAAUUUAGUGGGUAUUAAGGUGAACUAGUGUUUGUUGUCUAUGGGUUGUAACCUAAACAGGGGUGUCGGAACAUUAAGAACAUAUGAAAAUGCACUUCUGAACUAUAACCUUUUUAAAGACUAACUUUUCACAGCAAAGCGUACAGUACGUACUUCAGUUCAGUGUGAGAGUGCAAUGCUAUUCCCAUGCAUUAUUCAUGGUCCUGCCCCUCUUUUAGACACAGUUAUGCAAGAUCAGGAAAAAGCAACAGCAGAGAUCUUGAAUGUGUCCCAAAUUGCGCUCUAUUCCCUAUGGAGUACACUACUUUUGACCAAAGCCCUAUGGGCCCUGGUUAAAGGUAGUGUACUAUAAAAGGAAUAGGGGGGCAUUUGGGAUUGGGAUGCAUCCCUCAUCUUUUACCACAUAUUUCUAACCUUCUAAAAUGGUUGUACUGUUUUCUGUAAUGAUAAAAGGAUCUGUAACACCUUUAUGGAAUAAGAACUAGAAGGCCUAGAGAAAAUGCACAACAGUCAGCUGCAUAUAUCAAAGAGUAGCUAGCUACCUUCUCAGAAUACACUACAGACUUAACUUUAAGGGCACAACACUGUUAUACAAUGGGCCCAUUACAGAUAGGCUUUGACUCAUACUCAUACAGAAACAAGAUGUUGCCAUGGCAAUAAUGCUGCAUAGAGUACAGUGCGUUGUCAGCUAUAACAGCACAGCAUUCUACCUGCAAAAAAUAUUCCAUACACUCUUAGAAAAAAGGGUUCCAAAAGGGUUUUUAGGCUGACCCCAUAGGAGCACCCUUUUUGGUUCCAGGUAGAACCCUUUUUGGUUCCAUGUAGAACCCUCUGUGGAAAGGGUUCUACAUGGAACCCAAAAAGGUUCUACCUGGAACCAAAAAGGGUUCUUCAAAGGGUUCUCCUAUGGGGACAGCCAAAGAACCCUUUUAGAUUCUAGAUAGCACCUUUUUUUCUAAGAGUGUACAGUCCUGCUGCUGCCUAGUCUUAGACACAUUAUUCAGCUGUAUCGGCCUCGUUCUGUGUUCAGUACUUCACACCAGAACACUGGAGAUAUGCAGGAAUGCUUCUAGAAUUCUAGAAUGCAUGGUGACACCAGACACUGAGGUGUCUUAGAAUGAGUGGCUUCUUCACAUCAAUCCACCAGGGUUCCUUACUGCCAUAAAUACUGUAAUGUUACUGUAGCCAGCGGAUGUGAGAGAGAGAGAGAGCGAGAGAGAGAGCGAGAGAGAGAGCGAGAGAGAGAGCGAGAGAGAGAGAGAGAGAGAGAGAGAGAGAGCGAGAGAGAGAGAGAGAGAGAAGAGAGAGAGAAACAGAUAUAGCUGUAUGAAGAGGGGGUGGGUGGGUAAGUAGGUGGGUGGGCGGCCGGUGUUGGUUAGAAUGUUUUUAGGCAGCGCUGGAAUCUUCUCCAUCUUAAUUAUACAGUACACACUUGGUCAUGUCUGAAAGCUUUGUAUGCAGACAGAAGGAUCAGAGUAUUAGUGUAUGAAGCUGUUUUGUCAACAGGGUUUAAACAGAGAUAACAGUCAUGUUUAUCAUUUGCCAUACACUGUACGGUAUAGGUUAUUAAUACACUAAUAGCAGACAAUGUUUAUCAUACAUAAACAGCUCUUGGUUAGCAGGUUAGCCUUUUUCACCAUGAAUCUUGUUCUGGAGGCAGCUCUGCAGAGUGGUCACUAGCUGGCACAGCCACAAAGUCACCUUAACCACACUGCUAAUCUUAAUGCCUAACCCUAACCUUAAAGUAAGACCAAACAUUUUUGUUUUCAUGAAUUUUUACAAUAUAGCCAAUUUUAACUUUGCAGCUGGCCUAUCUAAAGGGACAUUGCUCAGUUCUACCUUCAGGACAAGACUCAUAACAAUAAAUGUCAACCUGCUCUUGGUUAGAUAUAAUUCAGUAAUAAUGUAUUUCAUGAAGACAGUAGGAUAUAGCCUAAAGCCCUUUCUCCUCAGUUAACAGAUUUUUUGACAGCAGUGAGGGAGAAGGGUGUUUGAAUGUAUAAUCAAAAUAACUAUAGAUACCGUAUGGAUGUCCCUAUCUGAACUACCUUUUCUUCCUGUUCUAGAUGAUCAGUCUUCAGAUAAUGAGCGUCUGAAGAAGAGGAUUGUAUUCUCAGUCACUCUAAGUAAUCGUCCCAUGCAUGGGAGCGCUCAAAAAAAAUAAAAAAAUAAAACACUAGCAUGUUGGUUGUGCAGUUUGCCGCUGAACCAUAGCCUGGUCCAGAUCUGUUUGCCGUUGAACCAUAGCCUGGUCCAGAUCAGUUUGUACUGUCUUAUCAACUUCUUGUCACUCAUUGUCAAUUAUUUAAAUGGUUCGUCCUAAAUGGCACCCUGACCCACAUGCUGCACUACUUUUGACCAAAGCCUUAUUGGCUCUUCUCAAAUGUAGUGGACUGUAUAGGGUGCGAUUUGGGACACUGGCAAGGAGCUAAAAAAGAUACCAAAACAGCUAAAUCAUAGAACCAAAUGAAAGUGAUAGCUAGCUUUGCACGGCUUUGACUUUGACCAAUGUCAGUGUGACUAUUUCUGUUCUCUUUCCUUUCUGCUCAGUUUGAUUUCCAUUCUGACUGACGGAAUGGAUUGUCAUUGCCUGAGAUGAUGGCUCAUUUUAGCUUGGAGACAGAUGUAGAAUGUAGGCUAAAGUAUCCUAUACUCACAGUGGAGCGGUGUCUGUCUGUCUUUGUGUUCCAGAUAAAGUGGAAGAAAACAUGCCUCCUCAGAAGGACAACUCUAACACUGACAUAAGGAUCGCUAACACAGUCAAAACACGGCCCAACAGCAGGUGCUUGGCCAUGAACCCAGAGAUGAACGUAAGUAUAACCACUAAACAGGCUUUAUUCUACUGCUGUCUACACUACUCUGUUGUGAGGAAUGUGUAUGUGUUUUAUUAUUGUAUGUGUUGUGUGUGUAGUUCGUUGCUAUGUGACACUGGAGCAAGCCCAUAGCGAUCUAUGAUGCGAGAAUGCUGGUGGCUGCACCAUUGCAAUUUACUGCUCUAUGCUGGCUGGAUAAGGAAGUGCAUGAUGUGCUUUAUAUGUUAGGAGCUGUUCAUGGUCCUGAUGGACUUUAUCUGUUAGGAGCUGUGCAUGGCCCUGAUGGACUUUUAUCUGUUAGGAGCUGUGCAUGGCCCUGAUGGACUUUUAUCUGUUAGGAGCUGUGCAUGGCCCUGAUGGACUUUUAUCUGUUAGGAGCUGUGCAUGGUCCUGAUGGACUUUAUCUGUUAGGAGCUGUGCAUGGCCCUGAUUUGCUUCUCAACUAGUAUUUAGGUUUAAACAGCUUCUUGUUCUUACUUUUCCAUUAUAUCUUUCACAAGUUGACCUGCAGCAGAGGACAAAUAAACGUGUUUGGUUAACCCCUUACACUCGUGGGAAUUGGCCUAUAUGGAUAGGGCUAAAUUGAAAUGUUUCUUACAGAAGAAAUAAGGAAGCAUAUGCAUAACCAUUGGAAGCAAGUAAAAGGGAACAGUUUGGAGAUUAUGGGAAAAUUAUUAGACAAAAGUUGAGGACACAACCGUUCACCUGACAUAAGACUGAAUCCAAACAUUACACUGUUGAUUUUAUGUGCAUUUUACAUUUACUGUACUUUUCGCCGCAUUUGUUGAUAACAAAAUAAAAAAAAGUACAUGGAUACAUUCAGUAACAUGAUAAUAAUAUUCUUGGAACAUUUGGGGUACAGUAGGCGCAACAUAAGACAAAAAAAAUUUAAAAGGGUUUGAGUGAGAGGUCUAAUUGGUGUUUCCAAGUGGCCCCACACCUCUCCAAUGUGUGCACAGUUCCUAAUUAAUUUCAAUGCAUUUUUAUUACUCCUAGCUGUGCCGUUGAGGAACUAGAGCAAGCACACUUGUAGUUGUUUUGUUUGGAACACAGCCCUGCAUCCCCGCCUUUACACAAUUACUGUUGGUGUUUACUCAAUGCAAAAACGGUCCAUUAUAAAUCGCAAUCUGGGUCAGGUAACCAUAAUUAAUAAUCUUGUUCUAUUGCCAACAUAACUAGCUAAAUUAUAAAAUACGAUAUUACAGUGUUAGGCUUUCACAAAGCAAUUCAGAGAAGCAGAUCGUAAUUUUGGUGCGCAUAGAAUGGGGUCAUGAGUGCAUUUAGGUGUACAACAGACAUAGUCUCAUUCUGUUUAGGACAACCCAGGGUAUAACACCAUGUCAUCUUGCAACUGUACAUCUAACAUAGUCAUCAUAAACAUUGACACAGUAUAUUACAUCAGUUUUAUGAUAUGGAAAUGCAAAAUAUUUUUUGUUGUUGCCAUUUUCAACCCGUAUACGGGUACGAGUGUAAAGGGCUACGAAAUAAAUGAUAAAUAAAAUGAAAGGAAAUGUACAUCAACAAUCAUUAUAACAAUCCUAACUGAUCUAUAAACUGAUGCAGAAAGAUCAGUUCAGAUAACUCUAGUGGACUGUUUCCAAUGCAGGCUCAGUCUCCUCUCCUCUCUUUGUUACAGUCCAUGUGUGAGAGCCAGGACAUGUCGAUGCAGACCCAGACCCAGACCCAGACCCAGACCCAGACCCAGCCCAGAGAGCCAGGCAGCCCCAGAGGUCGAGGCCCCUUCCUGGGGGUGCCAAACAGACAGGGGACCAUGAGACGACAGAAGUCCAUAGGAACAUCUGGUAACUACAUCUCAACAUGUUUCUGUCAAUGCUAAAUUUUUAACCUUCAUACAUACUGUACAGUACACACUUACAUACAGUACACAUGCGUGCACAGGCAUGCACGCUCACACACACACGCACAGACAUGCACACACACACACACACACACACAUCUGUAUUCGAUUAUUUAUUAAUUUUUGCACACACAAACACUUGAAGGUUUCAAUUCUAUAAUUGCCGUUAAUGUAAUGUAAUAGUCCAUGUAUGUUUCUUUUUUUCUUUUUCAGGAAUAACAGAAGAGGAUGCCCCUCAGUUCCUGACCCCUCCCAUGUUGAAAUUCACCAGGAGCCUCUCCAUGCCGGACACAUCAGAGGACAUCCCACCCCCACCCGCCAGCUCCCCUCCAUCUCCCCCUUACAACAACGACCCCAACCCCCCGGGCAGAGGCUACGGCACCAUCAGACACACUGUUCCCAAAGGCACCGCCCCAGAACGAGGGGGGGACCCCAACACGGGCGGCAGGGCCGGAUGGAGGGAACAGGGGGGUAUGUCCUACAGAGAGCCCCAGUCGGAGCAGUAUCAGUCUGAGAACCAACCCCAGGGUAGCCAGAGCCCAGGCCUCACAGCCCAGCAGAGCUUCCUGAACCGCAGGGCUCAGAUCCCAGAGAACCCCUACUCAGACCUGGGGAAGAUGGGCAACCUGGGCCUGUUUGCCCCCAACAAGCCCCAGAGGAGGAAGGGCAUGCUGGUGAAGCAGAACAAGAUUGAGGACAGCCCAGAGAAGACCUGCACCAUCAAAAUCCCAACCAUCAUCAUCAAGGAGCCGUCUACAUCUAGCAGUGGGAAGAGCAGCCAGGGCAGCAGUAUGGAGAUAGAGACUGGUGCCCAUGACCACCCAGGACAGCUCCGGCCAGAUGACGGACACAACCCCAGCAGUCCCUUUGCCACGGCCAUGGCGGGCGCCGUGCGGGAGCGUGAGAGGAGGAUGGUGGAGUCUCACCAGAACUCCCCAUCCUACAGGUUCACCGACCAGGGCGACGAAGACUCGCCUCCCGCGCCUGCGCCUCGCCUCCGCCACUCCAAGUCCAUCGAUGAGGGAAUGUUCAGUAGUGACGAGCGCCUGCGUCGCCUCAUGGCCCCACCUGCCUCGCUGCUCAGCAUCCCCAGAAGAGGGUGUAACAUGACGGUCUUCAACACCCCAGAGCCCACCAUUGUGAGAGAGCCGCUCCACACGCGCACUGGCCACCACAGCCCGGUCAGUCUCCCUGCCAAGACCUAUACCUCCAGUAGUGGGCACUACGUCCAUCCAGUCACAGGGAAGCCUCUGGACCCCAACUCCCCUCUGGCCCUGGCUCUGGCUGCACGGGACCGGGCCAUGAGAGAGCAGUCCCAGCCUCUCCCGCUGAAGACUGAACCGCCUAAACCUGACCUGAACAAGCCUCUGUUCAUCGACACCAAGCUGAGGACAGGCAUGGGCGCAAAUUUCUCCUCGACCGCGACCAUGGGUCGACCGGGCAGGGCGGGGCUUCGUAGGCAGAUGACCGAGGCCAAGUACGAGACAGAGUCCAAAUACGACCACCCUUUGGCCAAAGACAAGGACAAGAGUCUAUCCCGUCCUCAGAGAGAAGAGGAGAAGAAGAACAUGUUGAUAGAUAUUGUGGAUACGUCUCAGCAUAAGUCAACUGGGCUGCUGAUGGUCCACACCACUGACGAGAACAACCUGUCUGAGGGGGAGAGGGACGGGGCGGUCAGUCCAGACAGCACCCCCAGUGAGCUCCGGGACCCCAACCAACCUAACACCCCCAAAAUGGCCUCCCCUAACCCCCACAAUCCCCAUUCUAUGGGCCCUGGACCCAGAGGUAGUAAGACCAUGAUCACCGUCACCUCAGUGGACGAGCCGGUCAAACUACCCUUCGGUAUCCCCCCUCCACCCUGUGUUCCCUCUGUGGACAUCGACGAUGAGUUCUUUGCUGACCCACUGCCACCGCCGCUGGAGUUCGCCAACAGCUUCGACAUCCCAGAGGACCAAAAGGGGGCGAUCGCUGAGCUCCUCAAACAGCAACGAAAUGCUGGCAGGGCCCCAUCGUCUCUAGCCCCCUUCUAUCCCCAUCACGGUAACACCGCAGGGCACCCUGACCAGACCACGAUCAAACGGCCAGCGGUGCUCACCAACUGUACGCCCCCCAGCUUCCCCCCCGCCCUCUUGGAGAGCUACGAUCCUAUCAGUGACUCGGGCAUCGAUGUGGAGCCGGACAGCCGCAGUAGUGGAGACCCCCAGCUGGAGACUACAAGCACUGUGUCCACUGUGUCUAGUAUCUCCACGCUGUCGUCAGAGGGCAGCGAGGCGCUGGACAACACAUGUACGG